AGGGUCAGCAUAGGAUGAGACUCAUGGAGGCAGAAGGGACCCCCAGUGGCCUAUCCCCUGGUGCAAGUCUGGGAGAAGAUAACCCAUCCCUAAAAGGGUGGAAGCUAGGCAGGUUCCCCUUUCCCCAGCUGGACCACUGCCCACCAGGCAAAUAGGGCCUGAUCAUGGACCCCACCCCAUCCCCAAGGCCUAUGGGAGCCACCCACCCCCUCCACUCUCAUAAAAGCACCCCCAGGGCCCUGCUUGGUUCAGCAUUGAGAACACAACGGUUCAUGAUGCACAGUUCAGCAAGCUUGGUGGCUCUGGUUCUUCUAGGAGCAGCCAUGUGUGCACAGCCUCGUGGUCGCAUCCUGGGUGGUCGGGAGGCCGAGGCCCACGCGAGGCCCUACAUGGCAUCGGUACAGGUGAAUGGCCAGCAUCUGUGUGGCGGUGUCCUGGUGGCCGAGCAGUGGGUGCUGAGCGCAGCACACUGCCUGGAGGACACGGCCAAUGGGAAGGUGCAGGUGCUCCUGGGCGCCCACUCUCUGUCCCAGCCUGAGAUCUCCAAGCGCCUGUACGACGUGCGCCGCUCAGUGCCCCACCCGGACAGCCGGCCGGACACCAUCGACCAUGACCUCCUCCUGCUGCAGCUGUCUGAGAAGGCUGUCCUGGGGCCCGCCGUACGUCCCCUGCCCUGGCAACGCGUGGACCGCGAUGUAGCACCCGGCACCCUCUGCGACGUGGCCGGCUGGGGCGUGGUCAGCCACUCUGGCCGGCGGCCGGACCGCCUGCAGCACGUGCUCUUGCCAGUGCUGGACCGGGCCACCUGCAACCUGCGCACGUACCACGACAGCACCAUCACCGAGCGCAUGAUGUGCGCGGAAAGCAAUCGCCAGGACAGCUGCAAGGGUGACUCCGGGGGCCCGCUGGUGUGCCGGGGCGUGCUUGAGGGCGUUGUCACCUCGGGCUCAAGAGUCUGCGGCAAUCGCAAGAAGCCCGGGAUCUACACGCGCGUGGCGAGCUACGUGGCCUGGAUCGAUGGAGUCCUGGCCGAAGGCGCAGCGGCCUGAGGAGGGGUCCAGGGGAUCCGGUCACCUUGCGGGGCCCGAGCAAUAAAGUCAUUCAUUUUUGCA